UCUUUUAUUGUGGUUAGCAUGGAUCCCUCAAGCAGCUGAAACAAUCACAGGAAAAAAAAGAGGCCAUCUGCACCAUUUUCAAGGCUGUGCCCUUGAGAGUACAGCUGGCGACAGGAAACAUCUGAGCCGGCCUGGGCGGAACAGCAAGGCUAAAGAACAAAAGAAGUUUGAACCAUAAAGAGACAGAGAGGAGGCCUACCUGCCCAGGUAGGAAAAGUAAGCACAGAUCUGCACAGCGGAAGAAUCAUGAAGACUCUCUUCUUAUUUGCCAUUGUGGGAGUGUUUUAUUGUUCAGGAAUUGUUUCAGAAGAUACACCUGCUGGCAUAGGCAAAGAGGCUGACUGUGGGAAGCACCUGGACGCUGGCUGUACCAAGCAGUACGACCCAGUAUGUGGUGCCAAUAAUAUCCCUUACACGAAUGAGUGUGUGUUCUGCAAGGAAACCAAGGGGAAGAUCAAAAUCAAGAACCGUGGAGAGUGCAGGACAUUACUAACCACCAGUUCUAAGUAAAAAAGAAAAAAAAAAACAAAACAAUGUAUUUCAUAGAGAAUCAAGUGUGUAGCUGAAUAAAAACACAAUCACUCCAGCCGGCCCGAGUGUGAAUCGCAUUCAAGUGAGUAAAGAGGCACCGCGCUCUCCGUCACCUGUAAAUGAGCAGCGCCCAACGUCAAAACGAAAAGACGCAGGCCAUAGAGGGUGGGGGCUGAAAGCAAAAAAGACAACCUCGGCUCAGACCAAGGGGGCUAGGUUACAAACGUUCUUUUACCCAAUUCAUCCAUGACUAAACCACUCUACUCUGUUGGGCCCUUGAGCAAGGAUAGUGAAUUCAAAGCAGAAGUUGCUAACUUGAAGAUUACCGUUGAGCUGAGACGUGGAACACUUGGAGUAACAAACCCAAAGACAUCAGAUAUGAAGAGCGCUAGAGCUGCGUCAUUUGAGAGAUGAAUUCAUAAUCUCGGGUGGUCUACUGACGCACAUAGGGCCUUCAAUGUUGGUGA